UGAAAUUUGUCAAGAUGCAGCGAGGCAAGUAGGCUUGAGAUUAACGUCGGGUUAUGUGAAGUUAAAAACAGUUUCUAUUUUCUUCGUGUCACGUGUUGUGUUUCAAACGGUUUACGAUUGAUCUGGUAGGUAAUUAAGCAGUAAACCCUGUGAUAGUUCCAUGGCGGUUGAGCUUUUGAUCUAUUUAAUAUUUAAGAAUGGGGAGAACUUAAAAGCAUAACUGGAUAUGUAAUCAUAGCAGCUUACUUACUAAACGUUGUCGACGGUAUGCAUCACUUACCUAACUGAAAAGCGAUAUUUUUGCAUGUCUAAGAGUAAGAUGUAGUCUUGAACUCUUGACCUUGAGCUCUUUGUGGACACUGGUAUCAAAUCGGUUUACCUUCGAUGUUAAUAUUAUUGUCAGCGUUAAUCGAUAAGCAUUUCUAGGACAGCAAUUGUAAAUUGAAAUGUUUUUUAUCAGACAAAAUCACCAUUUCACAAAAAAGAAUAAAACUCGCAGGAACUCAGAUCGUGGAAUUAACGAUGUUCUUGUACGUAAAUAUUUACUAAUUCGCAUAUUCAUACACGCUUAUGUAUUAAUUCCACGGUAUUUAUUUUCGUAAAGUAAACUUUACUGAACUAAACGCUAGCCAAGCCAAACCAACUAGCGGACUUCCAAGUUCCACGCGAGUUAGCUCCCCUUUUUAGGGGCGGAGCUAGUGAUUCCGCAGUUUCCACGAUUCACCAGUAGCAGCCAAGAGCCAACCCAGACCCAGUAGUAAGUUAGUUUACUGUUGAUGUGCCAAUGUGGUCAGUAGUGUAGAAUCACUGAAGCAGUCAAGGUUCGUCAUAUUUCGUGCAACGGGGUUUUAAGUAGCCUUUAUAUGUUUUAUAGUUGCUGACUGGGUCGUUGAACACGUGGUGGAUACAGUCAUGGCAUCGUCUGUUGAAGUAAGAGAAGUUCGCAAUGGAUUUUUCCGCGUUCGCUUUAUAUUUGUAGACUCAACUACCGCGAAGGAUGAAGAUGGCUUCUUUCACACAGCAUUUCAACUUUGUGGAUCUCAAUCAAACCGAAAAUUCUUCUUCCGUUACAAAUUCUUUUUCAUCAAAACUAAUUCCGAGCCCAACAUAGCAACAACUGCUAUUUAUGUCAGAGAGAUCCCUUCCAAUGAAAAUAGUGAACACGAUAAUGAUAGUGAAUCGAGUGAAGUGAACUCAUCAAAGCGUCAAAAGCUGGCUUCCAGUGUGUCGGAAACAGGCGUUAAUAGUCCUCACCACAUGUGGAUCGAUUACAACAACACUUUGGAAGAAACAAUUCUUUUCAAGAAAAGUCAGGGCGUUUGGUUUCGUAUGUUCCCUUUACCCUCUAACGUCAAAAGAUAUGACGCUAUCACGUUAUCGAUUGAUUUCGGGAACAUUUCCGGUGGACUAGCCAAGUUGUUUCUAUCUCAACAGUUAUGUGACGUCGAAUUCAAAUUCAAAUGUGGACAGUCGAUUGGUGCCCACGUUGCAAUUUUAUCUGCUGGCAGCCCUGUGUUCUCAGUGAUGUUCUCUUCGGGAUUCUUGGAAUCGAAAACGAGAAAAGUGGCUAUCGACGAUAUUGAAAUUGACAUCUUUAAACAGCUGCUUCACUAUUUGUAUUCUGGAGGUAGUCCCGAACUAAAGGUCGGUUUGAUGGAGAACAUCAUUCAUUAUCAACAUCUUUUUGCGGCUGCCGAUAAGUAUGACGUCGAGGCUCUUAAAACAGUGUGUGUAGGUGUAAUGAUAAUCCCGCACAAGACAUUCGAAAGUGCCACUAGUAACCUAAUAUUUUCUCAGUUACACUCGAUCCCGAAACUGUUUGAAGAUUCCAUGGAUUAUUUUGUUAAACAUAGUCGCAAGGUUUGUUAUCAGCCGGAAUGGUUAGAUUUCAUGAAGGCUUACCCCGAAUUGUGCGUGCUUGUUACCCAACGUAUCGCCGGACCGCGCAUUUAAUCUGAUUCCAAAUAACACCAAGACCUAUUGAACAAUUAAAUCGAGAGUUUCUUUGGAACCCAGGACUAUGGAAUUGUAUUCGUUUGAUUAUACUGGUAAUGGAAACCAUUUUGAUUUUGUUUAUGAUAUCUUUAAAUGCUCUGAUGUUAACAAGCAACGUCGUGGUAAAAUUUCUUUAAGUGGUGAGAAAUUCUAUCAAAAUGAGAAUUUACAGUACCAAAAAAAGUUGUUCUUUUUUAGUUAUUCUGACGGUCAGCACAGAUGUAAACAAUGAGAAUUACAAGAGAACAAAAGACCAA